CCAACUAACCUAAAAUUUCGCCGAUGUAUUGACAUUUUGCAAAAGUCAUCGUGAUGGCGUCCGGUCAGAAUGUUUCAGCCUAUUUGGCUACACAAAAGAAAACUCCCAACAAAGAACUUGCCGCCGAGUGGACACAAAUCGAGGACCUUUAUAAUGAGAAGUUGUGGAAUGAAUUGACAAUAAAACUGACAAAAUUUGUCAGGCAUGAGUCGCUGCAGAAUGAAGACGAUUUGCUGAAGCUUUACCAGAAUUUCAUUUCAUCCUUUGAGACUAAGAUCAAUCCUUAUGGACUCGUUGAAAUCCUGGAAGUGGUCGUCGAUCAUAUCAGCGACAAGAACGAGGCCGUCCAAUUUCUAGAAAAGCUCAAGGAGAAGGUGAAAAUCUGCGAGGAGGCAAUUUGGUACAUAAAGGUACUGCAGGGAAACAUCUAUUUGGAUCACCUAAAUGACUUGGAUAACGUGAAAAAAAUUAUUCUGGAAUUGAAGGAGGUUCUGGAAGAGGCAGGCAACGUUACUCCCGUCCACGGAAAGUAUUACAUGCUCGCAUCGCAGUACUACAAGCGCGUUGGCCAACAUGCCGAUUACUACCGUUGUGGCCUGCAAUUUCUGGGCUGUUCGAUGGAUGAGUAUCCCCGGGACCAAUGGGCGCAGCAAGCGUUUUUCCUUGGACUGGCUGCCCUGUUAGGAGAAGGAAUCUACAAUAUCGGAGAACUGCUCACGCAUCCCAUCAUUGAGUCAUUAAGCGGCACCGAGAACGAAUGGCUUGUAGAGUUGUUGAAAGCAUUCAACGCCGGUGAUAUUACAAAAUUCAUGGCAAUGAAACCAACGUGGAGUAAAAUACCUGAUUUGGCCGCGCAAGAAUUGAAGUUGCGUCAGAAGAUCUCAUUACUGUGCUUAAUGGAAAUGACAUUUAAGCGACCCGCGAACAAAAGAUCCAUUUCUUUCGAAGAAAUUGCAACAGAAACAAAAUUGCCCCUGAAAGAAGUUGAGCUUCUGAUUAUGAAAGCGUUAGCACAGGGAUUGGUACGCGGUGCAAUUGACCAGGUUGCCGGUGUUGUUAAUAUGUCUUGGGUUCAGCCGCGCGUCUUAGACAAAACGCAAGUAAUCACGAUGGCCUCAACGUUAGAUACAUGGAUGCAAUCUAUUACGUCGAUGGAGCAGUUGAUGGAAGCACGUGCUGGUGAAAUAUUGAUUAAUUAGAAUAAAUUAGAUACGUUUCGAUUUGUAUAAUGUACGCUGCGUAAAUUCGAGGGAUUUACUAAAUUCAGAACUAAUUUUUUGUUCAUCUUUUUUGUAAUAAUUCUGAAUAAAUCUAGUUCAGUAAUUAUGACGAAAA